AUGCGCUUGUGGGCCAAUGAGAAUUUCCGAGGAGGGGGCGGAGAAAGGGGGGGGGGGAGAAAAGUGAAGCUCGGGCAACAGCCCCGGGCGGGGGAGGAAGGGGGCGCACCCCUGACCCACUUUUGCCGACGCCCACCCUCGGCCCCCGCCCCACCGCUGCAAGUCCGAGCCCAGAGGGGGCGAUCGAGCGGGGCGUGGGAGGCCCGCACGCUCCCCACCCCCAGCCGCGACCCGGAGGAGGGCAGCGUGCAAGGCGGCUCGACCCCCCCCCCCACCCGAGUGCCCGCGGCUGGAGAAACCUCCCACAGGCUCGCGGCCCAGGUCUGCAAAGCCCCCUCCACCGCCUGGGCCCCGGGCGCCGCGGCCCCCAGCGGAGGGGAAGGGGACCGAGGAGGGGAAGAAGCUGUAAACAGCCCCAGCGUCCGGGCCUCGCCUCGAAGAGCCCCGCUUCCCAGGCCCCGCCGCGGCCGCCUGAGUCCCCAGCCCGUCCGAGGGACGCCCCUCCCGGGGCCUCGGGGACCGGAGGGGAGUCAGGUCUCCUCCCCAGAGGGCUCCGGCAGCUCGCGGAGCGGUCCCAGCAGCAGAGAAGGGGGAAGUCAGGACUUACCUGUCAUUACUUUCUACGCCAUCUUGGAUCCACUUGUCAACGUCCCCACAAAGCAUUAUGGCUGUCUCCUCCCCUCGGCCGGUAACGUGAUCCGUGACCCUCUAGGUGGGGACCCCUCCCCUAGGAAUGUGGCUUUGGGCACUGCCGUAUCCACCCAUUUGCAGUCCCGGCUGAGAGUGGACUGUGACUUCCUGGGGCAGGACACUCCAAAGCCCUGGAGACAGAAGGCAACUUCCUGCCACAUCACUGACCGAAGCUUUGUUGGGCCAGCGUCGCCGUUUUCACUCUUUCCUUUGAGUGAUCUCGCUGCCCCCAGUACCGCCACCUAUAAACAUCUUGCACCCCACACUGUGUCUCUGCCUCUGGAGAGCAUAACCCACCACAGCUGACACCGGCAGUUCCAGGGAGCGGGUGACAAGAUGCGUUUGGAAUAGGCUGGCAAGGAGGUCCCCUUCGCUGGCGAUAAGUUGGUGGGUCUCAAAACAGCCCUUGACAUAAGGUGCUGGUUCAGUUGCUCAGAGCCUUACUGUUGGUGCAUGAGAAUGUGUGUCCGGGUGCAAGUGAAAGCACCAACUGAAGAGCAUAUCAGGCACUUGAGACUUUUGGAGGAAAUGGUUACUAGAGAGAUCAAAGAUUUCGGUGCUGAUCGACAAUUACCACGCGUGUUCUACAAGAAGAUGAUGAACAGCGGGAGGUAAUAAGCAAUGGAAAACCAGAUGUCAAAAACAGACCCCUUGGUUGCAUCUAAUGAAGUGCUCAACUCCUGCAGUGGCAAGGCAGAGAAAGCUAAGGACCACGCCAAAGAAGAUUAAACACCCAACAAAGUCAGGUCUGUUAUGUCAGGACCCUAGAUGGGAUAAAGACCUAUGGACAAUAGCUCUGAAGAUUACUCCCUCGCGUCCUAUGAACCUUCUGAUCCUGCAGAAGUGGUCCAUCACCCCCUAACCUCCCAAGUGGGAGCCUCUCCCUGAGAAGAGUAUAGGCCCCUCUGAGAAUUCCCCCUCCCCCGCCACCGUGCCUAUAGCGUAAGUCACGGCAUAUGCCAGCCAAGGACGGGCCAAGGGAUUAUACCCCGGAAGAGGGCUUCAAGACGUCUCCAGUAGGCACUGGCUGCAGCCAGGGACUGGAUUCUAAGCAUGCUUCAUCAAAGGGGCCAGAAGAUUAAACUGGGUAACUCUGUUGACUUGGGAGUGCUCUGUUGAGAUACGGGAUUUAGUAGUUCUGUUAAGGAUCCAGAAUUGCCAUGGUAGAAGGUGGAGAAGUGAAUUAAAAGGUAGUAGAAACACUGAACAGCAGGACCCACCGGAUAUUUGUUAGGUUUCACAGAAAGGCUCAAAAGACAUACUGUUUAUCAGACCAUAAGGAAUGUCCUGGUUCGAAGGGUACCAGCUCCACCAAGAAGUUCAAUAAUGGUGACUAUCCUAGGUAAUGCCAAGGCUGACAAUAGGGCAGGCUGUUACAGACCCAGGGACUGAAUUUUUUUCUUCAUUUUAUUUCAUUUUAAUUAAUCUCACUUAAACAGCCACAAGUAGCUACUAUAUUGGACAAUUCAGAAGUAGAAGAUAAUACCAAAAACGAUCUCCACAACCUGAGAAUAAGAAGAACUUCUUUUUUUUUUUAAUUUUUUUAAACGUUUAAUUUUUGACACAGAGAGAGACAGAGC